CGUGUGGAACCAGAGCGGCUGCCGGAGAGACAGACGCAGAGAGAGGCUGCUCAGAGCAGACGCCGGGUCAGAGCGCUCAGUUUGCUUCAGACAAUCACAGGGCAGAGAGACGAGUGCACAGGAAAAAGAGGUAGAACACCACAGAGAGAUAGGCUGGAGAGAGGGAGAGAGAGACAAGAGGGAGGUAAAUAUGUGACAGGAUGUGGUUUCCCUGAGCUUGCACAACAUACUUUGAGCAUGACCUAAACGCACCGAGUGUACAAGUGUGUUUGAGCUCCGUUAGGUGCUGAAGAGGGGGGGAAACGAAGCCAACCGCUGGAGCUGUUGUUUCUGCUUGUUUCUCAGACGGAGGAUUGUGUUUUCCCUUCAGAGAGCCCGCUCCUUCACAACCUCCGUCAGCUUGUUGGACAGCACUCUGAAGCAGUGUUCUUGUCUUUCACACCUCUAAAGUAGAAUGAGAUAUUUUGACGGGAGCUCUGGAUUUGUCUCCAAGCAGUGAACUUCUCAACCAGAUAGUGAAACAGCAGGAUCUGCAUAGGACUGACAAACUGUGGAGCCAUGGGCUGCGGACUGCGAAAGAUGAAACCGGCGUCAGAUGAGAACAGUCCGGGAAAGAUUUACUCCACUCUCAAGAGACCACAAGUGGAGACCAAGGUGGGCGUGGCCUAUACAUACCGGUACCUGGACUUCCUGAUUGGCAAAGACGGUGGGACCUCUACACUGCGUCUCUCAUCGGUGCGAGAGCUGCCCGAUCAGCUGCAGGAGCUUUACCAGCAGGGUUUUGUCCUUGCGGCCGUCCAUCCAUUUAUCCAUCCCUGUGGUCCACAGUCCAACAGCCCGCAGCACCAGCUCUACCGGGCCAUACUUGUCCGAAUCAAUGACGGGGUGGAAAGGAGCCAGCCAGUCUGCCCACCAAACAAGCUACUGCUGGAAGAGUGCCUGUCUGCGGAGCAGGUGCCCACUCCCGAGCUCAUCCAGGGCUACGUAAAGAAGCAGAUGCAGGAUUUCGCUGACCAGGGGAUGAUGUUUGUGGGAUUUGUCCAGGAGCCAUACGGAGCGCCUUGCACCCGGAUCAGAGAACCAGAGACCCCCUCCUUGUCUCUGCACUCCAGCCCCAGUUCUGUCCUUGGCUCCCUGGGCAGCUGCAGCCCAUCAAACCCCUCAAGCCCCAGAAACCAGCCAGAUCCUGGAGCAAAAAGUGACAGUACGGACAAGGAGGGGAACAUGCAAGCAUCCCGACUGGAUAGGGAGAAAAAUGAAAGUGAGAUCAACAGUGAAAAUCACUCAGGUUCUGGCGCAGGGGGCAUUCGGGACGACAUCUCACCAGCAGCAUCUCCAUCAUCAGAGGGAGACCUGGAGAACAGCGAGGUUCUGGCCGAGGAGGACUCGUCGUACCACAAUAACAACAAAGACAUCAUCGGAGACAGAAAGGAGAGGCCAAGAUACAGGAGAGGCGAUGGAGUGGAACUGCUGGCUUUGUACAACAACCCGCCGCUCCGAGAAGGCCAGGUGAAAUACUACACUGUCAAAGUGCCUCUGCGAGUUCAAAGCUAUGAAGAAGGCAUCAAAGGUGUGGAGGCCAACUGGUUGGAUCACAUGACCCAACACUUCAACAAUGGCGCGUCGCUCAUUGACGGAUAUUUCUACCUGGGCAACGGGAACGAUCUACUGCCUAAAACAGUGGAAAGCGUCUUCAUCUUCCAAGAGGCGAGCGAGGGUGAGCCAAACGCUGCUGCACCAACGUAUGAUGCCAUUGUAGUGGAACAGUGGACCAUUAUUGAUGGUUUGCAGGUGAAGACUGAUUACGUUCCUCUACUUCAGUCACUGGCCACAUAUGGAUGGAGACUCACAUGCGUGCUGCCGACUCCUGUAAUCAGGACUAACAGCGAUGGAAGUCUGUCCACCAAGCAGAUCGUUUUCCUGCAGAGACCGGUCAUUAGCCGGAAGAAGAGGGAAUCCAAGAAACUAAUCUUCAAGGCCCGAAGCAAGUCCAACAAAAACUGCAUCAAGGACGUGGCGAAGAACAAGAAGAAAAAGACAAUAAUUGAGAAGGAUUCUGAGGAUCUGAAGAUCGUUGAUGACAGAGAGAAAUUUGGCAAGGAAGAGGAAAAGACUGUGACUGGAAGUACAAAUGCAGCACAGGUGGAGGUAGCAGGCGAAUCUAAGAAAGAGAGGAAGAUAAAGUGUGAAGAAGAUAAACAGGCUGAUGCAGGGAUGUUAAGCAGCAUCGAAGAAGUCACACGGGAAGAUGAACCAGAGAAAAGUAAAGACAAAGUAGCAGAAAACUGCACUGAGGAGACAGAAAGCAAGGCUCCAGGUGGAGAGGGAUCAGAAGAAAAUGGAGAGCCAUCAGGAAAGGGGGAGGUCGAGGAGGUCAAUGAAACAGUUGUGACUGUAGAAAAACAGAGUGAGACCAAAGAAAAGGAGCUUGAGGGCACUUUGAAAGUUGAAUCCGUGAUAGAAAAUGGGAUUGAGACAGAUGAAGAGAAAGAUGACGGUGAAGAGAAUGAAAUCAAAACAGGGGAACCAGUGGAGGUUAUCGCAAAGGAGACUGUGGCAGAUCCAGCAGCCACAGACCCAAACCCAGUGGAGGCUCAGGAGUAGCACCAUGCAAGUCGAGCUUUUCCCCAUCAUACCUCUUAAAUUCCCUCUCUUUAAAACUGAUUCCUGAAUCCAAAUUGAAGUGGGAAGGUGGGGAAAGGUUAUUCUGCAUUGCUGCAGGAUCAUCCAAACCCCCCAUCUCUCAUAUGAGUCCCUGAUAAACCUGCAACAGUGUAGCUAAACAAAAGAAGACCAUGACAUCAGUUCUAUUGUAUAACCACAGAUACUGAAUGUAUUUAACAACAGGGGAUGCUUCUGCAGGCAGGUCCAUGUGGAGUCCAAACACUGAAUGGAUAAAGGCAGAGGAUCAGAAGGAAAGCAGUGAGAUGAAAAACCUCAAAAAGACUUGGUCACAGUUCCAGUAAGAGUGGCAGAUAAACCAGAGCUGCUUUGUUCACUAAACACUCACUAUUUACUAUAGAUGGCUUAAGCUUUAGCUUUAGCUAGUAAACAGUCACUGCAGCUUGAGGUUUUAAAAACAUGAAAUAUAUACAAAAGUAUUUGGAUAAAAUCGGAAAUUAAUUUAUCGAGUUAGAUGGCAUUUUAUGAAGCUCAUCUGAGAUUUAUUUUUAAGUUUUCUUCUAUUAUUUUGUUUUUUGACCAACAUUAGGUUGUUCCAACCAUCUUCAUGAACCCUUAUGACGGAGCUAAUUACAAUAACUUUUCAUAUUUAUAAUUAGAGAAAAUAAAUUUUGCUAUAUGACUUUCUAGAGUGAGCAGGUUUUCUGGUUGUGUCAGUUCUUUGUAAGGAAAUCACCUCCUUAGAUAGUUUGCUCUAAAAUCUUGGCAAGACCCAGGUCUAUUUCCUCAACAUUAAAUGUAAUAUUUUAAUGUUCUUGCAGGUCAUUCCUUGUUACAUUCUGAUCCGGGAGGCAGAGGAAAUUUAUAGGAGCGCGCUGUUAGAGGUGAUGCGAAAAGCAUUUGUUGCGACAGGCAAUCCAAAGCAGGCUGUGGAGAUCAUUGUUUACGCUGAGCUCUAAGCCGUCAAGUGCUUCAAAGAGAGCCGAUAAUCACUCUUUGGUAUGGUGCGCUAAGCUUACCUUGCAUACAGAAUGUUCCCAAUAAUAUUCCCAAGCCCAGCCAGACAAGAAAAUUAAAUUCAGCUGAAUGUUCGCACCUCAAGGACAGGAUCAGCAGUUAGGUUUCCUCUGUUAGCUUUACAUACAGGAAAGAGGAUUUCUGCACAAAAUGUGUAGUUGGGGGUUGCCUUUGUUCUGUAUUGAAGCCAGAAGUGAGAGCUCUGAAGGAGAAAGUCAGAUAAAGGGAAUAAAGAAGAAAUAAAGAAGGACCACUGAGUGUGAAAGACUCAAAUAACAGAAAAAAUCGGUUUGUUUAAAGCAACGGUCAUUUGUAACCAGCAUUUCCUGCAGAGGUUUCUUUCAUUGCGUUACCUCCAUCUCUUUUUGCACCUCUUACUGGACGCAGUGUCUGACAUUAACUGAGUCAUAAUGUGCCGUAUCGCGGCUCUGCGUGGCUUUCCAUUUUAGAGCUGGAGCGGGAGAGAGGGAGGAGGCGAUGUUUACAGAGCGGGGCUCUCUGUGGAUCGCUAAUGGAUUUUGUCAGUGGGGGAUCUGUCAGUAAUCAUGCAUUUAUAAUGGGGGGGUCACUUGUUGGGGGGAGUUAUUGACAACAAAACACCUCAACAUGUCAAGUUUCAUGUUUGAAAAGGAUGUCAUGGGGAUCCGUUUGCACCGGAGAGGACAAGCUUGAUUUAGAAAAUUACUUGCACCUCAUCGUAAUACCUGUUUUGUAAACUGUUAGCAUUUGGCUGAUUAAAAAGUACCUGCUGUCCUCGUAUAAUUUGUCACAAUUAUCAUUUUUGUGUUGUGAUAAUUAAUGAUAUGUGGUUGCGAAAAGUAUUUCUUCUCUGGAGAAGAAACUCUACAAUUUAAAGUGCUCUCCUGCCUCUGGUGAGAUUCCUUUAAAUGUAAAAUGGAAAAUGUUUUUGUGUAGAGUAGAAUAUAAAACUGUGACCAGUUUAGCCUUAUUACUAUACUGUAAAUGGCCCAGAAUCUGCUAUUAGAAAUGUUUUUUAGCGGCAUAUUGGUGAUUUAAGUGUUAUAUGUUUGUUAUAGUCAAACAGCAAAGUUUUGCUCCGGUUGGUGUUUUGAGGAUAUUAUUCCUGGAGUUAAGAGUGAAGGGUUGAAAAUGUUUAUCCAUAUGAAGGUAUUACAUUUUGUAUUAUUUUCUGACAUUUCUUGGACAUGUUCUUGAUUGUGAAUGUUUGGUUUUCAAGAAAAAAAGAGGCUUAUUCUGCUUAUUCUGCUAAAGUUUGCAAAAAAUGCAUUGCUGACUGGUGCUUUGAGCUACCUCCUCAGGGCUGAUGUUGGCUUUCAGCUUUGGGGUCGCUGCAAGAGCGACCUCUUGAAACAUAUGCUCCCUGUCCUCUACUGCUCCAAUAUAACUAUGAGCAUGAGGUCAUCUCUAAUGGCAGCCAAGGUCAAAGGUUUCUGAGUGAGAAUGGAUUUUUCUCAGCUGUACAAACAGGAGAAUGCAUGAGCACACCGUGACAUAUUUAUUUAAAGUGCUUUGAAUUAUUAUUAUUAUUUUUUUUUAGCAGAUUGAGAUUUCAUAGACACUCCUGAGCUCAUUUAGUGGGAAUGUGACCAGCCUGAAAUAACAUGCUAAUUCAUGUUGGUCAAUGAACAGCUCCAACCUUUUCUUUUAUUAUACUAAUUCAUAACAAAUUAGUAUAAUCGAAAUAAUUUGAGCUGUUCUUCUGUAAGUUUCAGUCAAAUUUAAUUUAAUCGAUCAAUUAGAAUAUUGAAAUCUUUGACUUGAUCAGAAUCUCACGUAGAUUCAUUACCUCCUGAGUGAUAUGUUUCAGUCUUUUAAUUCUGCUCACCUUGAUAAUUAUGACUUACAUCACAAACAAUAAAAUACUCUACAAAACAAAUAAAAAUAAGAUUUUUAAUGCUAUCACAACAAUGCCCAUGUAUGUGCAGUAAACACUUGUUUGGGGCUCGUUUACCUGUUUUCAUACAUUAAAGGGGACAUAUACAAAAUUUUAAUUUGUACUUCCAUCUAUUACUUCUAAAAUUAGCCCAAGCACAUAAAAGCUUAAGCAAAUUUUUUGUAAUGCCAGUUUCCACAAUUGAAUGGAAAUGCAGGUAUUUACUGUCUCCUGGUAAGUGAACAGUGUUCCCUGUGAUUAUCUAGGCCCAUAAUAUCCCCAUAAUAUAACACUUUAGAGAUGUCAAACUCCAGGUAUUGAGGCCUGUGAAUUGUAACUUUAAGAUGUUGCAAUAUGCAAAUCAAAUAAUUCAAUUAUUGGUGGAACUCUGUACAACGUGAACCCAUGAUAAAGAUUUGAUUCAGGUGUCCCAGGCAGGGACACAUCUAAAAGUUACAGGAGACCAGCCAUCGAGGACCGGAGUUAGCUUCAAGCUAUAAUCAUUAAAAGAAAAAGUAAUAAAUGCUUGGAAUAUAUUACUCUUUGUGUAAUGAAUGUAUUCAUGAGUUUAAUACUUGAUAUUCUUGAAAUUUAAACUGUUGUGAAUCAAUGUCGGUGCUCCUGCUUUCUUCUUCUUUUGUGUUUGCUUUAAAAUCAGAAAAGUAUGACUUGAGCCCAUUUGGGUUGUUCUACCCAUGUAUUCCACAACAGAAUCAUAGUCUGGAGAGCAGAUUAGAUAUUUAGCUAAGCCAGAGUAACCUGACUGUUUUUUAUUCCGGCUCAACAGCAUGGACAACAGAAACUUUGACAGAGGACCUGACCCUGUUCCCGCUAGUUCUCUACCUGAGCCCUGCAGGGUACCAUCUCCUCAUUAAGCACUUACUAUUUAGGUUGCUGUGUAGUCUAACCUCCAGCAUGAAUAUGCUCAAGGGAGUGUGAGUAAUUGGGGGUUUUCUUCAAUUAUUUUUGCCUGCUGUUAAUGUUAACACAGACGGGGAGACAAAAAGCAAGGCAGAACCUGACAUUUAAUCAGCUAAACGAUGCUGAACCAUGUUAACUCUGCCGUGUGUGAAAAGGAGGGGACCUUUGACUAAUGUUAGACUCAAAUAUACAUCUGUGCUCCCCUCCAUUUAUAGUAUCUGUGAGAAAUAUACAGCUUGCUGUCUUAUAUCAGCAUAAAUGUCUCUGAGCCUGAGUAGUGGCGCUGGUGCAAUCGCUCUUGGUAAUACUAUAAAAAAAAACGCAAUGGUUCAUUUCCUGUGUGCUACAAUGAUGUGAAACGGACAAAGUAGAAGCGACAGAACAUAACACAAUAGGAUGCAGUUACUUUUUUUCCUGUGUUGUCACUUUGGCUUUGCUCACAGCCUCUGGAAAAUGUAUUGUUAGAUUUUCUUUCUCUCUGAUGUAUUUUUUUAACACCUGAGCUGCCAUCUUGAAUGUUAAGUAUCAUGUGCCGGUGUCAUUUGCAUUGAUGUAGAAAAAGUAUUCUCUAUCUUUCCUAUUCUGAGUAUGUCAACAUUCCUACUGUACCUGGCAUCUGUACAAUUUGUAUAUUAUAAAAUGAUUUAUAUUUAAUGUG